AUGGCUCGCUACGAAGGUUCUACUCUGGGCCUGAUACGGGCGUACUGGCUCGCUACCGUAGUGUGUAUGGGCGGCUUCUUGUUUGGGUACGACAGUGGUGUCGCAGGAGGCGUCUUGACGUUUCCCUCCUUCGAGAACGAUUUCCGAUUCACUCCAAAGCAAGCGACGCGUACGAGCUCGCUUUCGGUCAGUUUACAACAAGGCGGCGCCUUCGUAUCAUGCCUCCUCGUAUGGCCUUUAACUCGUCGUUACGGCCGCAAGUGGCCCCUCGUCAUCUCGAGCUUCGUCUUCUGCAUCGGCGUUAUAAUCGACACCAUCAACACACACUCGCUUCCCGCAUUCUACGUGGGCAGAAUUGUUGCCGGUCUCGGCCUCGGAGCCGCCACGGUCAUCAUUCCUGCUUACAACAGCGAGAUGGCGCCGAAGGAGCUGCGCGGACAGGUUGGGUGCUUCUUCCAGCUCUUUUACACUCUGGGCAUCUUGAUCUCGUACUGGAUCGAUUACGGCGUUGCGAAACACAUUCCUGGCAAAACGGCGGAAUGGCAAAUCCCGAUCGGCCUGCAGCUUGUGCCCGCAGCUGCCAUUGGUUUCGGCGCCCUCACUUUGACGGAGAGUACCCGUUGGCUGACUGCUGCGGGUCGCCACGAGGAGGCUUGGAGGUCCUUGGUCUGGAUUCGCGCGUCGGAUGCGCCGGAGGUGGAAGCUGAGAUGCAAGAGAUCCGCGAGGGUGUUGAGCGUGAGCUCAAAGCCCAAGAGGGUUUCCGCCUUACCGAGCUCUUGGAGAUACGAAAUGGCAACUUUCGUCUUGUGGCGACAGCAUUCCUCAUGUUUACCGCCCAACAGAGCACCGGAGCGACCGCUUUUGCGUAUUAUGCGCCGCAAUACUUCAAGUUGCUAGCUGGCGGCUCUUCUAACCAGCAACUACUUCUCACGGGUAUCUUCGGUGCCGUCAAAGUCGUCGCUUGCGCGUUCUUCGUCUUCGUACUGUCGAACUUCCUUGGACGCAGGAAGCCGCUGAUCUUUGGCGCUGCCCUCAUGGCCAUCUUGCAUUUCAUUGCUGGUGCUAUCACGAAAACCCACCCUCCAGCCGCGACGGGAAGCCCGUCUAGCGCAAACAUCGCGACCGUCGUCAUGAUAUACCUCUUCGUAGUGGUCUACAACAUGUCUUGGGGUCCACUUCCAUGGCCAUAUGUUUCCGAGAUUUUCCCUGCUCGCAUACGUGAUGCAGGAGUGGCUGUCGGUGUAGCGUCUCAAUGGCUAUUCAGCUUCGUAUACACGCUCUCGAACGCCUACAUGAUCGCUUCGAUGGGAUGGGGCGUCUUUAUUCUCUGGGGCGGUCUCAAUCUAAUCAUCGCCAUCGCCUCUUACUUCUUCAUCGUCGAAACGAACAACUUAUCCCUUGAGCGCAUCAACGAGAUCAAUAGGGUACCAACACCCACAUCUUACCGAGACGAUCAUCUUCAUCCGAAAGACGACGACGACAUCAUCACCAAGAAACGUAGCUCGACGCCUUCUGAAGUAUGA